AUUGUGAUGUAGUUUGCCUUGAUGAGACCGUGAAUGGUCGAGCGAUGGCGAUAACUCCAUUGAACGCGCCAAGGGGAAGGACAUGGCCUCCUCAGGGUCUUCGCCCAAGCGCAUGCUCAUCUCCUUUGACGGGGACGGAAGCUCAGCACGCACGCCCGAGCUCACGAGCUAUCGGCUUCAGACCCCAAGCAGCGCCGCCCGCGGUCUACAGAGAUGUUCCAGUGCUGGCAGGCUGACUCCAUUACCGAGCCGGGUGCCAAAGGGAAAUUCUAGCCUUUCCUUCAGGGAGGACUUUUGCGUGAUGGGAACGCCAGCAGAUGCCUUGGCCUUUCUGAAUGCUGGCUGCCGCCCGCCAAAGACGCCAAAGCCGGCAUACUUGCCACAGCUGGAUCCUCCAAGAGGCCCACAGCUACAGCCAGAGCUUGAAAAGGAGGACAAUGGACCGCGUGACUCUGGCCACGUGGUGUUCUGCCCAACCCCCAUGAACACUGUUCAUGUCAUCACGCCGUACUCCAAAGUCUACGGAAAGCACCCCAGCCUGUUCAAUUAUGACAGGAAGGGUGAGAUGCAAUUGAACGACAAGGGAGUCGCGGCCCUGAUGAAUGAAAGCGGAGGCGAUCUUGAUGUUGACUGAGAUCCGCCGAGUGGGCGUGGAACUCAAGGCAAACUAGUCAUUAGGCAAGCCUCUUCCAUGUCUUAAUUGUUUCCUCAUGGGUCCGCUACCUGAUUGUUUAAACAUAUUCUUAAAUUCUAUGUUUGGGCCUUGACACAUAAUGAAAACUCGACACAGCAAGUGCUCCUCUCACUGAAAGCGUAGACGUGCAUUUGCCGUAGAUGGCUCAAGUGCUCUCGAGUACCUUUUUUGAAUUGCCGAGCAGCGCUUCUGUGGCAAUGGCCUGGCGUGAUCAGCUUUCCCACGUCAGUCUGUAAGAUACUAGACUAUAAUUGCAAGGUAAGAGUUGGUCGUUGCGCAACAGUGGUUGGCUUCAUGUAGCCUUCCAAUUCCUACUGCGAAAGGGGAUUUCUGUGGCAGAUAGGUUUUCCUGAACAGGAAUGCCACUUGCUUGCUUUAAGCGCUUGCCACUCGACAAUUGCUGGAAAUGGUGUUGGCAGCUCCAGGAUGCUGGAAAGACUAUGACUAUAACACUUAUCGGAAUCAACAUCAUUCAACAUAGACUUGGAUAGGAUGCUAAGCCUCUUACAAGCUAUCAACAUGUUCUAGCAUCUCUUGAAGAGGAUCAUUUGAGGGAAGAAACUACUUUGGCGGCUUUGCCCUAAACUAAUUGUUUAAUUAUUGCAGUUGGCUUCAGUGUAUUCACCUGUGGGACGCUGUAUAUAGGUAACUUCACUUUAUUGCUUGCACGUGCAAUAUGUGAUAUGUUCCUGGGCCUAUUGCGCUUUGGGAGAUGAGUCCGAUAUGUGAACAGUGUCCAAGGACUUGCUCGUUUGGAGUUCCGUUAUCGUUUUGAGCUUGAUGACGCCACUGUUUGGCCAAUGCCUGUUGUACCGUCUAGUAGAGGAAAAGAGUUGGCUUCGGCUCAACUCAGACUAUUUGUGCGGCAAGCAAAGCUUUCUAGCUUUCUUUCCAACAUCGUUUUUUGCCUGUCACAGUCAUUCACAAGGGCAAGGAAAGUGAUGAUGCUUUCCUUUAUUGAACUGAUGGAUUCUGACAGUCUGGACAAUUCACUCACCUCGUAGUUUUCUGGAAAUUUUCUCUACAACAGCCUCCAAAUUUAGUCAGUUGGCAAAGAAAUGGGAAGCUCCUCUAGGCACAUGUCCGGUUUCUGGGGGGUUCAAUGCCAUUACAUUUGAAGUAGCUUGGGAACUAGAUUCAUCCGAUUCAAAAAGAUGGGGCCUCCAGUAAGAACGGCAAACUGCUACUUGACGUUGUUUGUCUUUUGCUAACGAAUUUAGGGCAAACGAGGUCAUGUAAGCGUGACAGCAUUGGGUUUACUAGGCGAGAUAGGG